GGGCGCGACGGACGGUUUCGAGCGUCUCUAUCAGCGUCGCGGUUGACUUGUUUCAGUGAUUGACUAGAGGUCAUGCGAGGAAACUUUUCAGGUUUUCAUGGAAAGACAUUUGCAUUCAAAAAAACAAGAGUCGGUGGAUAAUACGUAGAAUUCACAUAAAGAAUACGUUAUAGUAUUCGACUCGUUAUUAUACGCGUGGUACUGAUGAUAAACUUUUGAUAAGACAAGGCAUUGAUAAUGAAGGUUCGAGAAUCGUCGAGUUUUUACCUCGAAAGUUACAUAAAAGAAUUUUAAUUUCCAAAAAACUGAUGGCGUCUAAUAAGCAAAAACCUCUAGGGUUAGAGUUCGCGAUCGGUGGACUAGCGGGCGUUGGCACAGCGUUGCUAACUAAUCCAGCAGAUAUGUUGAAGACCCGAUUACAAUUACAAGGAGAACUGGCAGCUCCGGGAACUUAUGAAAAAGCGUACACCAGCACCUUUCAAGCCGCGCGAACAAUCGUCAUGCGCGAGGGUAUUAUGACACUGCAGGCUGGAAUUAUGCCGGUUAUUGGACUGCAAGUUAUAAUUAAUGGCGCGAGAUUAGGCAGUUACUUUUUCGCCAAAAGGAUGGGCUUGAUUGUGAACGAAAGCGGAGAAACUAUUGUAUGGAGAACAGCGCUGUUGUCCGGUGUCGUCAGCUCGAUCGCCUUCAUGAUUGGCAGUCCCCUCUACUUGGCUAAAGUGAAACUUCAUGCUUAUUCUGGCAGUAGAAAUUUAAUUGGUUAUCCCACUGAUUUGAACACCAGAAGUAUUUUCAAAUCUUUAUGGCAACAAGGGGGUAUUAAAAAGGUUUAUAGUGGCUGGUAUUCAAACACACCGAGACUUUUUAUUGGAUCCGCUGUGCAAAUAACUGUAUUCGGUUUAGUUAUGGACUAUAUGAAGCAGAUUGAGACAUUGUCGAAUGAAAAACUACUGAGCACAUUUAUUGCGUCAUCCAUAGCUGGAACUUGUCUUGUUCUAACAGUUCAUCCAUUAGACGUAAUGUCAACUAGAAUUUAUAAUCAAGGAUCGAAAAGCCAAGAAAGUAAAAAAUUAUACAAUGGAAUGAUGGACGUAAUUUGGAAAACAGUGAAGGCUGAAGGAUUUUCGGGAUUAUACAAAGGUGUAUUUCCGAAUUGGCUUAGAUAUGCACCGUAUGUUAUAAUAAGUCAAGGAUUGUACCAAAAAAUUACUGGCAUGUAUGAAGAACUUCACAAAUAAUUCUUUGUGCCCUUGACAA